CCGAACCGGGGCCGGGGACGGCCCGGGGCUGCGGCCGCCAGCACAGCGCGGCCCGCGCGCCGCUCAGGGACCAAUCAGCGGCGCCGUUGCUGGCGGCCAAUCCCCGCGCCGCGUCUUGGGCGGCGUUGUCAUGGUAACGAGAGACGCCAUGUCGGGCCCCGCCGGGCCGCGGCCUCCGCCGGCAGGGCCGGCAGCCGGAGCCAGCAGAGCCCCGAGUUCCCGCAGGAGUUCCGCGGCUUUCCCGGGAAAAGCCAAAGACAGGAAGGGCCUGGUGGGCAGGCAGGGAGCCCUGCAGGUUUUUGAUGAUGAGGGGAAGAAUGUCACACCCCAUCCCCUCUUCCAUCCAGACCCAAACGCUGCUGGGCCCAGGACACGUGGAAGCAGCGUAUCAACAACCAAGUCUGGCUCAGAUGAAACAGAACCUCAAGAUCCAACUCUGAGCUUGUCUGCCGUGCAGGAGCAGGGGGAAGCAGCCCUGAGGGAGGAGGAGCUGGAGCAGAGCGUGGAUAUUUUCCUGUCAGAGACAGACACGCUCUGGAUGCUGGAUCUGCCCACGGCUGUGGUGUCCACGAAGGCAGCGGAGGCUGAGAGAGUCCUGGAGAGGAAUAAGAUCUAUGCAGAGAUUUGCAACGCUAAAAUUGGCAGUGAUUACUUUGAAGAAAAAAUGGUGCAAACCAUCUCUGGAGCUGCCAAAACCAAGGAAGUGCAAUGUGAGACAGUCACUGUGGUAGAGAAAGGGGUGAUGGUGACGCCCUGGGAUUUGGACAAUUGGCUGAAGGCCUCAGAAACAGAACCUGCAGAGACAGAGGAACCCAGAGCCCCAGCAGGGAGAAGCAGCAAACCUCCCACAGCUGAAGAGCCCAGCCAGGCUGUGGCUGUCCCUCCUGCCACAGGCAGUAUGGACCUGCUGGGCUCCAUGAUCCUUGUGGAUCCAUUCCACAGGAAUAUCCCACCAUUCUGUGACUCAGCUCCUUCCCUCAUCCUUGCAGGGAGUGCUGCUCCUGCCAGGAGCCACGAGGAGAGGGAAUGCCAUGCAGAAGCAAUCCUAACUUCAGCAAACCUGAAGCAGCAUUUAGUUGUCAUGGAGAGGAUCCUCAUGGAGAACAUUUUUCAACCCAAGCUCGCAGUUUAUCGGAAGAUUCCCGUCCUUAUAGAACCUGUUGUUACCUCAGACACCGAUGCAGAAGAAGAUGAAGAUGAAGAGGACGAGGAUGAGGAUGAGGAGGUUGAGGAGAAGCAGGAGGAAGCUCUGUCAGAUGCAGCUCAAGGCCCAGCAGCAGGAGCAGGCCCCAGGCUGGAGCAGCUGUGGUGGUACAGGUGUGAUUUAACCAGCGGGCACAGCGUGAGCAGCAUGGCUUGGAACAGAGUGAACCCUGAUCUCUUAGCAGUUGGUUACAGAGAGUUUGAUUCUCAGGACCAGAAGAAAGGCCUGGCUUGCUGUUGGUCACUGAAGAACCCCAUGUGGCCAGAGCGCGUUUUCCGCUGUGAGCACGGCGUCACGGCCGUGGAUUUUUCCCUGGCGAGCCCAAACCUCCUGGCAGUGGGGAUGGCCAGCGGGUGUGUGGCCGUCUACGACGUGCGGAGCCGCGGGGACGCCGCGCUGCUGGACAGCAGUGCAUCCCUGAAUAAACACAAAGGCCCUGUGUGGCAGCUGAGGUGGGUGGAACAGGACAGAGGUGCAACAGCAGGUGACAAAAAAGAGACACUGAUGUGUAUCUCUGGAGAUGGGCGAGUGACACAGUGGUUCAUCCAGCAAAGGCUGGAUUGCUCUGAUGUGAUGAAAAUCAAGCGAACAGAAAGUGGGAAGAAAAAAUUCCCGGGUGAGAGAGAAAGGAGAAGUGAAGCUCCCAUAUCACAGCAGGCAGCUGGGAUGUGCUUUGACUUCCACCCAGAGGAUCCUGAUAUUUUCCUUGCUGGAACAGAAGAGGGCCACAUUUACUGCUGCUCUUGCUCAGGCAAGGAGCAGAUUCUGGGGACAUACAGAGGCCAUAAGGGCCCUGUGUACAAAGUCGCCUGGAACCCCUGCAGCACGGAGAUGUUCCUCAGCUGCUCUGCAGACUGGAGCGUCCUUCUGUGGCACCGGGAUUCCCACACCCCCCUUCUGACCUUCACUUCUGUCCCAGCUUUUGUUCACGACAUCAGGUGGGCUCCAAAGUCACCCUUCAUCUUCGCAGCAGUGAAGGAGAGCAGGGUGGAGAUUUGGGACCUGACUGUCAGCAUCUUCAACCCCGUGCUCUCCUGCCCUGCCAGCCCCGAGGGGAAUCUCAGCUCACUGCUGUUUGCCAGGAACGCCGAGUGCCUGCUCCUGGGGGACAGCAGUGGCCAGGUGGGCGUGUGGCAGCUGCACGCCCUGGCUGUCCCCAGCGCCCAGCAGGUUGGUUCCUUGUGUGACAUUGUUGCUCCUGCUGGAGCUGUUUAACAGUAGCUGACAUCUCUUCUCCUCCAGAAAACUCUUGCUGUAGUAUGAACAUAAACUUCUUAUCCUUUUUAAUCAAUAAAGUUUCUCUUUGAAGCCA